AUCGUGUCUCUGUUGUGUCGUGUGUCUCAGUCUUUGUCUCCAAAUUCUCUUUAGAAAAAAUUCAAAAUUUAAUUCCCAUUUUAAGUUUCGAAUUUUCCAUUGUUUGUUUUUAGAGAGAAGAUCAGAAGGAAAGACAUUGUGUUUUUUUUUUUUUUUUUUGCAAGGGAAAAGGGUAAAAAAAUGGCGGCAGUUUUUCGCGCCUGGGUUGUGAUAACGGUGGUGAUUACGGAGGCCGCGGUGGUGGGUGGUUUUCCGGCGACUUUCAAACUGGAGAGAAGCAUUCCGUUGGCGAGUCAUGAACUCGAGCUGAGUGAACUAGUAGAACGUGAUAGACUCAGGCAUGGAAGGUUGUUGGAGUCCUCGUCGGUUGGUGUCGUGGGUUUUCCGGUUUCAGGAACCUACGAUCCGUUUAUCGUUGGGCUAUAUUAUACAAAAUUACAAUUAGGUUCUCCUCCAAGGGAAUUCAAUGUACAGAUUGAUACAGGGAGUGAUGUUUUAUGGGUUGGCUGUAAUUCCUGCAAUGGCUGUCCUAAAUCCAGUGGACUUAAAAUUCCACUUAAUUUUUUUGAUCCUGGAAGCUCAUCAACAGCUUCAUUAGUCUCAUGUUCAGACCAAAGAUGUAGUUCCGGUAUCCAAGUGUCGGAUUCCACCUGUUCGGGUUCGAGCAAUCAAUGUAGUUACACAUUUCAAUACGGAGAUGGUAGUGGAACGUCAGGUUAUUACGUAUCGGAUUUGUUGCAUUUCAAUACAAUUCUCCCAGGACACACGACUGGCAAUGCUACAGCUUCCAUCAUGUUCGGGUGUAGCAUGUUACAUACUGGAAAAUUGACAGACUCGCAUAGAGCGGUUGAUGGGAUCUUUGGGUUCGGGCAACAGAGUUUGUCCGUAAUCUCACAACUUUCAUCUCAACGAGUAACACCGAGAACAUUUUCCCAUUGCUUAAAAGGAAAUGAUGAUGGCGGCGGUAUACUUGUUCUCGGCGAGAUCGUGGAGCCGGAUAUGGUUUAUACUCCGCUUGUCCCGUCAAUGCCUCACUAUAAUAUUGAUUUGCGGAGCAUUUCAGUCGGAGGGCAAGUUUUAUCGAUCGACGCAUCAGUGUUCUCAACAUCAAUCAACCAUGGAGCAAUAAUUGAUUCAGGAACAACUUUAUCGUACCUAGCCGAUGAAGCUUACAAUGCUUUUAUCGAUGCUAUCAAUAAUGCUGUUUCGGAACAUGUGCACCCUGUUCUUUCCCAUGGAAACCAAUGCUACCUAAUAACCGACAGCAUUGAUCACAUAUUUCCUGAAGCUAGUUUGAACUUUGCCGGUGGUGCAGCAUUGAUUUUACAUCCCGAGGAUUAUCUUAUCCAGCAGAAUCCUAUUGGUGGUUCUGCAGUUUGGUGCAUUGGCUUUAAGACAAUCGAGGGUCAAAAGUUAACAAUUUUAGGAGAUCUUGUUAUGAAAGACAAAAUCUUUGUUUACGACUUGGAAAAACAACAGAUCGGAUGGGUGAACUAUGAUUGUUCAUCAUCUGUCAAUGUCUCCGUAAAUACUGAACCGGGAAAAACCAAAUUCGUCAAUGCGAGGCCGAUAAACAACAGUUCGUCACCAGAUGAACUCCAGACCACUGUAGCUUUACUUCUGAAUAUGUUCAUGCUUGCCGGUCUACUCCUUUUGUAGCACAUUUACGACAACGAUUUUGGAAUUUGCAAUUCUCACCAGUUUGUAUUAUAGCAAUCGACAUCAACCUGAUGAACUGUUUGAUCCACGCUAAUGUCAUGUCAUGGACCGAGACUCGAGCUCAAGCUUCAGUAGCAAACGCAGACCUAAACUGACACACAAAUACGAACCAUUGCACUUAGUGUUUGUUUGGCUGCUUGGUGUGCAAUGCAAUUGUGAUUUUCUUCCCAUUGAAUAUUCAUCAGCGAUGUGAAGUUAAAGGAUUUGGGGGUUCACUGAACUGGCUAGUUUCUAGAACUUUAUUUAUUUUUAUUUAAACUUGAUUCGCAUCUAAAUGAAGUUUUUGUUUUAAGUUUAA